AUGCAAAAUGGCAGUAGUUCCGAAAGCGAUGAAGAACCGGCCUUCAGGGAGACCCAGGCCCCCUUCAGAAACCCACAUAUUCCCUUCACUGGGAGGAUCGUAGGGGGUCUCCGGGAAGGACACAUGGUCACCGUCACAGGGCAUGUUCUUUCCACAGAUGAAAACAGGUUUGAAGUGAACUUUCAUAUUGGCAUCAGAGACACGUACAACAUUGCCUUCCACUUCAGCCCUCGGUUUGAAGGAAGUGGGUAUGUGGUCUGCAACACGAAGCAGCUAGGAAACUGGGGGCUGGAGGAGAUGAAGAUGCAGAUGCCCUUCCAGAGGGGGAGUGAAUUUGAGAUCUGCUUCAAGGUAGACAGGUCCGCGUUCAAGGUGAUGGUGAACGGGAGCCUCUUCCUUUUUUAUGUACACUGUGUGCCCUGGCAUGAAGUAAACGCCAUCACCAUCAAGGGCUGCGUGGAAGUGUCCGACAUCUACUUCCAGGCAGCCUACCUGAACGUCAUCUACUGCUCUCUGUCCUCACUCUGA